AUGCCGAGUUCGGGAUUGAGUGUAGCGAGGUGGAUAUUUUGGAGGGAGAGACUUGAAGAGAUGAAUCGAUGUGGGAAUGAAGAGGUUGCACCGCUGGCAUUGAAAGCAUGGAAAACGAUGAAGUUCUGGGGUGAGAGAAUUGAGUCUCGAGAGGGCGCGAAGCAGGAUAUGGAGUGGUAUUAUAAGGGAAAGCAGUGA